UCAGUCGAUAGCAGCGACGCUACGGCGAAAAAACGAAACUCGCGCCGACAUCGAUCUACUCCGGUGGCGUGUUACAGAAAUUCUUUUUUUACGAACGAAUUAUUGAAAUAAACGCUCUACGCGUAAUGUCGGUGGUGCUGGUGCUUUGAAACAUAACGAACAACGUUUUGUGCAUGUUAUUUUAUAUAAUGUUACCUCGUUUAUGUGCUUAGUGUAAGUUACAAUCGCUAUCCGAUAAGUGUGUGAAGUGACUCAAAAAUCGAGUUUUUAACGCGUCUUGGAGAUCUGCCGAGUCGUGCAUGACUCCAGGCAGAGUGCAGUGUUACAGCUCGUAAAGGUCUAUUAAAGCUAAUUCGCCGUGCCGCCCACGAUGGCAGACACCGACACCGAGCCGCUGGCCAACGGCACGGGCCCGCUGUCCACGGAGGAGGAGGACGAGAGACUGAAGCAGAGACCCGCUGACAUCGACGCUGAUGUCCGCGAGAUGGAGCGUCGCAAGCGCGUGGAGGCGCUGAUGUCCUCGAAGCUGUUCCGCGAGGAGCUGGAGCGCGUGCUGGACCAGCAGAUGCACGAGGGGAACGACGCGCCGCUGCUGCAACGGAUCCGGGAGAUGGUCGGAGGACGGCUGCAUACUGGAAGCAUGAGGGGCCCCGCAUGCGUGCUCCCGAUCAACGACAUCCGCGGCAUCGAGGGCGUCGGCUACGAGAAGGGCGAGAAGAUCCUUCGCUGCAAGCUCGCCGCCGUCUAUCGCCUGGUCGACCUCUUCGGUUGGACGCAGACCGGCAACCACGGACAGAUAACGGCUCGUCUGAACACGGCAGUGGAGUCAGUGCUGACGACUCCCCGCGGCCUGCUCCCGCACGAGGUGACGGCGUCCUCGCUCGUCAAGGUCGACAUGCAGGGCGCCGUGCAGGACCAGGGCACCACCAACUUCCCCGUCAAUGUCGAUGGGUUCUCGGUGCACGCGUGUGUGCACGCGGCGCGGCCCGACGUGCGCUGCGUGCUGCACGUGCGCGCGCCCGCCGCGCUGGCCGUGUCCGCCACGCGGCGCGGCCUGCUGCCGCUGUGCCACGAGGCCGCGCUGCUGGGCGACGUGGCGUACCACGCCGUGCCGCCCGGCGUGCUGGACAACGCGGAGAAGGACAAGCUGGUGCGCGCGCUCGGGCCCAGCGCCAAGCUGCUGGUGCUGAGCGGCGCCGGCGCGCUGUGCUGCGGCGCCACGCUGGAGGAAGCCUUCCACCACGCCAGGAACCUGGCCGCCGCCUGCGAGGUCCAGCUCAGGCUCGCCUCUCUGCCGCUCGACGAACUCACGCUCAUGGAUGAGGACACUCGUAGACAGAUAUACGAGGCAUCUCGCAAGCCUCCGUCGGACGCGAGCAAGUGGCGCGUGGGCGGCGAGGAGUUCGAGGCGCUCAUGAGGAUGCUGGACAACGCCGGCUUCCGCACCGGAUACAUCUACAGACAUCCACUCAUCAAGAACGACGUCCCCCGCCCCAAGAACGACGUGGAGGUUCCCCCGGCGGUGUCCUCGCUGGGGUACUUGUUGGAGGAAGAGGAACUGUACAAGCAGGGAUUGUGGAAGAAAGGCCAAGGCAAGACGGGCGAGCGCACUCGCUGGUUGAACUCGCCCAACGUGUACCAGAAGGUGGAAGUAUUGGAGACGGGCACCUCUGACCCGAAGAAGAUCACCAAGUGGGUGGAUGCUAACAACGACGAGUGGGUGCAGGACGGUUCUCCCGCGCACUCCAGCACUCCGGUCAAGAUCGACACGCUGCAGUUUGUCCCCAAGAACACCAAUCCGAAGGAGUUCAAGGCGUUGCAGCAACAGAUUAAAGAAAACCGUCGCGCGGACAAGAUCAGCGCUGGACCCCAGUCGCAUAUACUGGAGGGGGUCACGUGGGACGAGGCCAGCAAGCUCAUCGGGGAGGACGCCGUCAAUACACACACCGGGGACCAUGUCCAGCAAGUGUUGAUGGGCGCCGCGUCAAAGGGUAUCAUCCAGCGCGGCUACCAACACAACGCGGCCGUGUACAGCGCGCCGUAUGCGAGGAACCCCUUCGACCACGUCACCGACACAGACAUUGACGAGUACAGACGCACUGUCGAGAGGAAGCAACGCUCUGAUUACGACACGGACCUGUCGGAGUCGGAGGCAAUCAGCGCGGCACAGAUCACGUCGCCCGCCAGCGCGCCCUCCGAGACUGAGGAGGAGUCGCGCGACGAACACCGCGUACUAAGAAUAGAGACGAAACAGGCGCCUGUUCGCAGCCAACCAGAGGUCGUACUCAGCGAUGUGGACACGACCGAUUUCUUGGCCGCCGAGCGAGCUCACACCGAUCGGACGAAAGUAGAUCCGCCCCGGGAUCCGAACCUAUUGUCUGACGACGAAGUGUUUUACGACUCGCCCGUACCGCCGGCGAGCUCACCGGAACAGCGCGUCGUUAUUAGAGCGGCAGCGAAACAGCCAACUGUUCUAUCUGACGACGAGGUAUUCACAUCGCCUCCCAAGCCGGUCGUGGUGCGCUCUCAGCAUUACACCACGCCGCAGCCUGUGCCCACUCAGCCCAGUCGACCCAGUCAGGCCAGUCAACCCGCUGUCAGAGGAGAGCACACACUGAACGGGGACCAUUCUGACGCGCACCAGAGCACAUUCUCGCAUAGCAGUAAAGAGGGCUCCCCCUCAAAGGAGGUGUCGACCGAGGACUCUCCGAAGAAGGACAAGAAGAAGAAGAAGGGGCUCCGGACGCCUUCCUUCCUCAAGAAGAAGAAAGAGAAGAAGAAGUCCACCACGCCACAACCCGCCUAGAGGUAAUCCCACAGAUGAUCACUGCCAUCUCGCUUUCAGUAAUGUAAUGUUUUUUGUAAUAAUUGUAAGGUCAUGGUCAGCUGUCAGCUUAUACAGCAUGGAGCGGUGGGCUGUACAUACUCUUGUGGAAAUAUAACAUGCUGUAUACGAGGUGGGUUCGUUCUUUUAAACUGUGUUACAACUUCAGAAAUACGAAAAAAUAACCUGACAGUGGGUUUUGAACUUACGACAGUUGCGUUCAGAAAACUCAAGACAGUAGUGUUCAGUGCGUUCAAGUCCCACUUUUGAGUUAUUUUUUUCGUUUUUUUCAGUUGUUCUCGAAAAUGUAAAAAAUCUAUUAAAUGUUUUAUUAUUAUUAUUGUAAUUUUCUUUAUUAUCUAUAAUUGGGCAUUGAUAUAAAUUUAGUAUAACGAACUCAUCUCUAGUAUUAAGAAUUUUUUAUUGAUUUUUGUUAAAAGUCGCUUAUGGCCUGACUCUCCAUUUAUUAGUACAAGCCUUCCAAGGGGGUGAACAAAGAUUUAAUCAAUUUUAAAAUAUAAAAGAAUGAUUGCGUUUCCAUGGUAACAUUAAUAUUAAAAAUAAGAACGAUAAAUAUGAUAUUAGAUUUGUGUAGUGUUGAGCUGAAAUGUACUUUAUAACUAAAGUAUUAAAGCUGGUAAUCUGUUACCAUGGUAACGGGAUUGAUUCUAUCAUCAUGAGUAAUACAAAUGUGAACCUUAAAAUCUAUAACAAUAAGGUGUAUUUUCGCACUACAAAGGUUGUUAAGCGGCUUAAAAAUCUGUACAAUUUUGUUAAAAGACCCCACCCACCGUCAUUCGAGGUUAAUGCCUUAGCAGCUGCUACCACACUAUAGAUGGCGCUCGUAACGCAUUGAGCAUUUUUUCGGCACGUAAUGAGCAUUUUUGUGGAUUCUGCACUCGGCCGCGUGAUUUCGAGCGUGGCUUUGCGAGCAUCGAGCGUCGAGCGUACGAGCGCUCUUAGAUUAGGAAGACGCUAUAAAAUAGUUCUUUAAAAAAAAAAGCGUAAAUUCUUAUUUAUUUCCGAACAUUCACAACUUUUGCCUUGCCAACUUUUCUUAUGUCAUUUUCAAAUCUAUAUUUUUCUUUUUUUUAACUAUUUUAUCAUAGUCUCUGAUUUGUAGUGUUUCAACUGAGAAUGCCGGCUUCGAGGCAGCUCCUUAACCGGCGUUAGAUUGUGACCAAUGCAAAAUGUCCUUUACUAUUGGCUGUAUAUUAAUUUAUUAGGAUUAAUACGUAAUAUACUCUCUUUUGCUACUCAAUUUAAACUAAGUGGCCUUUGUAUUAUGUAUUAGACACAUAAUUUGUAGAAAGUAAGAUUGUCCCGGUCUUUUUAAUCUAUAUGUCUAGAACAUGUGUCUGUGUCAGAUACUAUAUUGUUGUAACAAAAAUACAAUAAUGGCAAUGGAUUCUAGAAGUUAUACCAAUUAUAUCCAUUAUAUGAACAAUAGGUCCCUAUUAUAUACAAAAACUAGGAGUUACAUUUAACUUAUACUUAAAAUGUAUCUAAAUAUGAGUAAAACAAAUUCUAGAUAUAAAAAGAUACAAAAAAUUAUAAUCUACAAAGUACAAGACGCAGGCAACUACCGCCGGCGUUUUCAGUUGAAACUCAACGCGACGUGGUGCAUCGUUAUACAAUAUUAUUAUUUCUAGACAGCAUAUAAUGCUUUCAUGUUUAUAGAGGGCGCUCUUGUCGAUAACCGUCUGCUACAUCCAAUAACUCACUGGCGUCCUCAAAGAUAUAUUAUAAUUACUUACUCUGAGUACAGUGGUUAAUGGAAAAUAUUGUCACUGUACUUUAACUAAAUUUCAAUCCCCGAGCGGUUGCCGAUAACCGGUCUCCAGUAAUCCAUUAUAAACCUUAUUUCCAAUGUUUAAAGACUACUGUUGUGUGACCAAAUUUCGGUCCGAUAUAUCAACGUAUUAAUCCAGUCCUUAGCAAUUGUUUCCGAAACAAAACCGAUACUGAAGAAUAGUUUGAGUAAUCAUUUAAUGUCUGACUAAACUGACAGAUAUUUUGAUACAUCAAGUUAUCUGCCAGAGCCUUAACAAGUUGUGAAGGAAUAGAGUCGUGACUAUGGUCUUUUUGAUAGUAAUUGGCUGUAGCAGCGAGUCGAAAGAUCCCUCGCCAAUUUGUGCUUUUAAAUAAUUAUAAUAUCGAAAUAGAAUAUAUCUGUCACAUAGGAUGUUCUGUCAUUGCUUACGACUGAACUUUCAAAGAUUUCAGACCGAUACUGCAAUAUCAACGUGACGCCAUAUUUGAUUCCCGACUGACACUGACAUUUCAACUGUUAAUGUCACUUUUGACAGAUGAUAAAAAAUCUUGAGUAGAUGGCGCGCGAGAUUGAUGUGUCUUAUGAAGCCAGUGUCGGUCGUCUACCUCAAAAAUUAAAUAUUUUUUUAAUUAUUUUAGUUUGUUUAGCGUGGUGAAUUGGAUCGUAUUAUUAUGUGUAAAGUUUAUUUUAGUUUACUGACAGAUCAUCCUAUAACGUUGAUAUUAUAUUAAAUAUAAAAACAAAAAUAUAAUAUAUGUUAGCAUUUUAUGUAAGUAUAAGCAGGCUAGCCUACUUGUGUAGUUUUAACUUAUUUUUUUCCUUUUUUUUACUAUUUUGGACGUAAUAUAUGCAAGGGUUGUGUGAUUUGGUCAUUAUGACAUUUUUUAUGCGUAAUUAGUCUAAUUUACGAAUUACGUAAUGUUAAAUGAAAAUGCAAGUAAUUAAUUAACGUAACUAAUACUGCCAGUAGGACAUUUUGACAAGCAAUUUUCUAAUUAUAUAUAAUACGUAAAUAACAAUUUACUUAAAUAAAUUUCUUUUUUAUCUAUGACCAAGUCACACGAGCCAUUUUAAAGAGAUCAGUACAUUACAUUGUUGUUAAUUAAACGAGAAAUUGUCUUAAUUUUUUUAAUAAACGCAAAAAUAUACAUUUUUUAUUUUUCGUUAACCCUUUUUAUUAUUAUGUUCAAUUUGACAUUACCUAGAAUCAGUCUAGUGUUUUUAAAAAUGACAAGUUGAUGUUUGUCUAUGGCGGUUGCCUAGCAACGAGUUGCGGGGGGCUUAGGACCAAAUACAGUGGAUUACAUACAUUGAAGUCUUGUGUAAAUGUAAGAUUUCCUUUGUACUUAUUUUGGUCAAAUUUAACCCAACCAGGAACUUGUUGCUGCUAACCUCAUAGGCAACCAAUACUUGGGUGAAAUUGAUAAUUAUUUUAACCCACAAACCAUACAUUUUGACAUUAAUUCUUAUAUAACAUAGUAUAUAUAAAUGAAAUAUUUUUUUUUAGUUUUUAAUAUAUUUUUCCUUUUUGUACCCGGUCACAAAUCUUCGGGCGAUUAGAUGUAAGGAUAGCUUAAAUACGUUAUGUUACGAUGUAUGUGUAUUUUUUAUUUCGUAAAAAUAUAUGCUAUUUGAAAAAAACGUUUAUUAUGAA